AUGACGAGCUGCCUUACGGUGCCGGGGCCGGGCGGGCGGCAGCAGGCGCGGGGACUGGCCAAGCUGCUGCUGGAGAGGAGCGUGCUCAGUGACACGUCCGACGUGUACCUCACGCCCGACACCACGCUGCUGGCGCCCGAGGACACGCCGGACGUGGUGCCCCGGCCGGAGCCGCGCUCGCCCGCCAGUGAGGAGUACCGCACGCCCGACACCUCCGGGGUGGAGGAGCACUCGUUCGCGAUGCCGAGCUACUUCGACCGGAAGAAGCGCGCCGCCUCGGUCAUCGUGGCCGCCGUGCAGCCGCUGGCGAAUUUCCAGGCCUUCAAGCAGAAGUCGCUCAACACGAUCCCCGCCUCGGUGGAGCGGACGCGCAAGAGCGAGGAGCUGUUUGUAAACUUUCCCUUCCUGACGCCGCUCGCGCACCGCAAGGGCUCGCUGGCCUCCGCCGCCACCCGGCUCUCGGGUUGCCUCGAGGACGAGUUCUACACGAUCCCCACGGAGAGGGAGCUCGUGGACGACGGAGGCUCGCUCGCCUGCGUGGACGUGCGCCAGCGGCUGCGGCCCGCGCCCCCGGACGACCCGCCCGGCCUGCGACACAGCUGCCCCGCCGGCGCCAGGGACGACGGCGUGUGGGUUCAGUGCGCCAAGUACAUGAGCGCAUGCGACCGACUGUCAGCGGGCGGGCGGCGAGCGGGCGGCGCGCGUCCGCCGGAGGAGCGCCGCGCCAGCGCCGCGAACCCCUCCUCGGGCUCUCUGACCGCCUCCGCCUCCGAGAGCGGCUCACUGGAGCGCGCGCGGGCCAAGAUGGAGCGACGGCCGCCUGAGGAACAGCACGUGACCUCGUGUCGAGUAGAGAACACGCGCGUCAACCCUGACUCACUCAUCGACGAGCUCCUCGCAGCCACCGACCUCAAGCACGCCGCGGACGACCCCGCAGAGAGUGACGUCCGGGCUGCAGCUGUACAUCACCAGGGACGGGACGGCCGAGCUGGGGUCGCGGAGGAGGCAGCAGCUGGCCAGGAGCGACUACCAGCGAGUGGUGCUGCACCCUCACGACAACAGGUAGCCGGCGGGGCGCGCCGCACGCCGCCCGCCCCACGCGCCCCGAGACGGAGUGCGGCUCCUCCCUCUGACGCUGAGAGGAGGACCCUGACCUGA